UGAUUAAUUGAAAAAAAGACAGCUAUAUUGGGACGGAGGGACAGUAAAGUUUAGUUUUUUAUUUGUAAUAAUAAUUAUUAUUAUUACUAAAUAUUCUGCCAGAAAUUUUGUUGGAGGGAGCAAACUGGAGUGCCAAGAUCUGAAACAAAGAAAGUUAGGAUGGAUUGAUUUCGGAGAAAAAGGAUAUCCAACUCAGGACGUUGUUGUUGAACUAGACUCAUUGUGCAUCCCUAAGUGUGUUGGUUAAAGUUGGACUGCUUCUGGCAAAACAAAACAAAGCAGAUUAAAGAAGAUGCCACUGCUCAUUGCUGAAGACGUCGAGAAGCUAUGGGGUACUUGGAAUAUCAGAGUCCUAAUUAUUCUAAGUCUCUUGCUGCAGUCUUUCCUAAUGUUGUCUGCACAAUUGAGGAAGAGAAGAGGUGGGAAAUGGAUCAUCAUGAUUCCACUCUGGAUAGCAUACUUGCUUGCAGAUUGGGUGGCUACAUUUACUAUUGGACUCAUGUUGCGUGCUGAACAUAGUGACAUUCUGGCCUUUUGGGCACCCUUUCUUUUGUUGCAUCUUGGUGGCCCUGACACUAUUACGUCCUUCUCUCUGGAGGACAAUGAAUUCUGGAUUAGGCACUUGCUUUGGCUUAUAUUACAAGUUGGUUCGACCAUCUAUGUUAUCCUUCAGUCACUCCCACGUAACAAACUUUGGCCGCCAACUCUCCUAGUUUUAAUUGCAGGGGUUAUCAAAUAUGCUGAGCGCAACCGUGCCUUUUAUCUCGCAAGCUUUGACCAUUUCGGGAAUAAUUGGUUACAUCUUGUAGGCCCUCCAAUGUUCCGCGGACCAUAUAUGCCUCCCAUUCCAGCACGAUUUCAACAAGCUCUUCAGCCGUCGUUUUAUGUGUUUUGGCCAGAGGCUGCGUCAUGUCCGAUAGUUCUGAAGGCAGCAUGCACGUUUGGCUCUAUCAAGAGCUUACUUGUAGGUCCUCCCAUGACUAAAACAGAACAAACGAAUGUUUGUCAUUUAAUGCGAGAAAGAGAUUCACAUGAGACGCUUCGAACCAUAGAGAUCCAAUUAAGCCUCUUGUAUGAGCUCCUUCAUACCAAGUUGCCCGUAGUUGAUUCCAAGAUUGGUUAUAUUUGCCGCACGGUUAACUUUGGUUGCAUCUUGGGAGCCUUGGUGUCAUUCUCAGUAUUACUUAAAAAGUACUACCAUAAUAAGUUGGGGGAGUUUGACAUCUGCCUGACAUAUGGGUUGCUGACUGGGGCAUUGGCAUUGGAUUUGAUAUCCAUCUGGUUACUUAUGUUCUCUGAUUGGAUUAUCAUUAGGAAGUACACUUCCAGAAAGAAUUGUGAUGAAUUCAUUAAAAGGCGCAGGUGGUCGAAUUUAGUUCCCCAAUUAAAUGUUUUUGCUUGUCAUUUCGAGAAUAAAGAUGGAUAUUAUUCAAACAAAUUGUUUUAUUUUCUUGGCACAAGCAGUUUGUUUGAAAGCAUAAGAAGAAGGAUCCAGUGUGUGUCCCUCAAAAAUUUUGAAGAAGAACAAGCUUGGAAGUUCAUAUUUACAAUGCUACGAGAAAAGGAUAUUGGCGAGGCUGGCAAGGAAAUCUUUGGUCCAUCUAGAAUUCUGACGGGUCAUAUUACCGACUUCGCUUGGACCCUCGACAGGUUUGAGUACAUGGAAAGCCUCCUGAUAUGGCACAUAGCUACUGAAAUAUGCUACCGAAGGGUAUGUCCAGAUAACAGCUCCAGCAGUUCUACAUCAACUUCUAAUGAAUGUUUCGAUCACCGAAAAAUAUGUAAGUUGAUUUCAGAUUAUAUGUUCUACCUUUUGGUAAUGGAGCCUACCAUGACAGCCACCUCGCCUAACAGUCUGAAGUUAGUUUUUGAGGCCACAGAUGGAACAUGGAAGUGGCCAAGUUAUUGGAAGAAGGGAUCCAAAGAAACAUUCAUUAAAGAUCCACUGGAUAAGCUAUUGGAAGGCGAAGCAGAAAAUGCUUAUAUAAAUCUAGAUCUGUUGAAGAAAGAUGUGGACAAGUUAGACUACCAAGAGAAGCCUGAAAUAGCUCGCUUUCCCAGGAUAGCCGUUUCAGGUUUUCUUGCCAAGGAGCUCCUCCAAUAUCAGCCCGGUGGUUGUCCGUGGAACUUAAUGAGCAGGUUUUGGGUAGAACUAUUAUGCUAUGCUGCUAUUCAUUGCCAACCCAUUGUCCAUGCACGACAAGUAAGCAGAGGCGGACAACUUCUCACCUUGGUUUGGUUGUUGAUCAAUUACUUGGGAUUACCUCCUUAAAAGAAGAGAUGACCAGACAGGUAGAGACAGCAUUGCAAGGCCCUCCUUGGCCUCUUCUAUCCUUGUUCUUUCAGAAGGAACUUGUUCACGAGUUGCAGAUCAUCUCAGCCACUUCAUGAAAUUGUCUGCCAAAUAUAAUUCUAGAGUGUUC